AUGGAAAGUAUUUUUAAUAAAUAUGACGAUCACAUUAUUCGAUCACAAUAUAAAACAUAUGAAGCAACAUCAGAAACAAAUUUUAACAGAGAUGGUGGUGUUAUAACCUUUGAAAUUGAAGAUUCUGAUAUUUUUCUCAAUAUUAAACAUGCAAAAUAUAAUAUUAGUGGAAAAUACUUAAAAAAUAACAAUACUGAAUAUGAAGCUAAUAGCAAUGUUCAAUUAGAUGAUAAUUUUGUCGCAAUUUCAUUUUCACAAAUUGAAGUAAUAAAAAAUGGAACAUUAAUAGAUCAAAUUAAAAACGUCAGUAGAUCAAGCAUAAUCAAAGGACGUGUUAGUUAUUAUUUAGAUGAAAAUGGUCCAACAAUUAAUUCUGGAUUUACAGGUGGGGGAAGAUUCGAAGCUGUUGGGAAUUUUUCUAAUCUAAGUUUAGGUUUUUUUUAAGAUAUUAAAUAUCCAAUUUUUAAAGGAGGAAUUAAAAUAAAUUUUAAGAGAGCUAAAGACUAUGAUGCAUUAUAUAAAUUAAUUUCUUGGACUUCUGCAGCACCUGAUGUUGGAACA